AUGAAAAAGAACAAAACUUUCGACUAUACUCAACUUAUGGCCCAUACCAUCAAAAUAUAUAAGUUUUUAGGAUUUUGGAGACCUGAUCCAGACAUGAAACACAAGAAUUUAUAUCACUGCUACACCGCCUUCUGGUUGAGUUUGUCACUCAUUUUUAUAUCGUCACAAGUAAUUUAUAUGUACAACAGCAGGAAGAGCUUGAAAGAAGUUUUAGCUGCUCUAUACAUAACCUUAACGUUUGUCUCGAUUUUAGCAAGACAGUUAACUACCUACCAGAGCAUGAAUGAAUUGAAAGAAAUAAUAAAGGAUUUGAACAGGCCUCUGUUUCAAGUUAAGUGCCAGAAGCACUAUGAAAUCGCCGACAAGACAACUCGGAACCAGAGAUUAUUGUAUAACAUUUGCCUAUUCCUAGGCUUAAGUACUGAUAUCUUUGCAGCUAUUUUUCCGCUAUUGGCAAACGAAAAAGUAAUCCUAGCAAAAGCUUGGUUCCCAUACGACUGGACCAAACCUUUCAACUAUUUUAUGACUUAUAUUUUCCAGAACGCCGUAUUAAUUUGGCAUACCUUAGUGUGUUAUUCUGGUGAUAUGUCUACAUUUACCUUAUUAUUACACAUUGGCAUACAAUGCGAUAUACUCUGCUACACUCUGAACCAUUUGGAUGAUUUUUACUUUAAGGAUGGGAUGCUGCAUGAAAUCACUCCGAGAGAUAAAUUAGAGUUCAGAAAGGACAUGGAGAAAUUCUCUCAAGCUAUGGCUAAGAAUUUAGUUGUAUGCGUGCGACAUCAUAGAGAGAUUAUAAAGUUCGCCAAAGACAUACAACGAAUUAAAGAAGUUGACAUAUUUAUUCUUUUUGCAAGUAGAGCUUUAAUUUUAUGUACCUGUUUGUUUCAACUGUCAAUGGUUCAGUUUGGUUCAGUAGAAUCCAUGAUGUUGCUGUUCUUUUCAAUGUGCAUGCUUACUGAGCAAUUUGUGUUCUGCUGGUUUGGAAGUGACAUAAUAUACAAGGGUUCCUUAAUUCUGCAGGCAGCUUACAAUACGCCCUGGACAGACUGCAACAACAGAUUUCGUAAAAUUCUGUUGCAAUUUAUGACACAAGCGUGUUGUCCACUUAAUAUUCCAGUAGGGGGGUUGUUUGUAAUGUCUCUACCUAUUUUCAUAUCAGUGCUCCAGACAGCUUACUCUUUUUUGACACUACUUCAUUCAAUUCAGUAG